AGGUGUACCGCGUACUCUGAUAUAAACAAAUUGGGGCGUGAAAACGUGGUUAUGGUGGCGAAAACAAACUUGUCUCACGUGGAUUUCGCUAAUGGAAACGCCGAUUGUCAGUUCUUUCAGCGAAAGCGAAGCAGCCACCGUGUAUGAGCCUGCCGAAGACAGUUUUCUUUUAAUCGAUGCUCUUGAAAAGGAGCUUCCAGAAAUCACCAGGAGGAGGCCAUCAUUAUGCGUCGAAGUUGGCUCCGGCUCAGGGAUUGUUACUGCAGCCAUAGCGAAAGCGUUAGGCCGCACUUGUUGCUUCAUAGCAACUGACAUAAAUGAAAAGGCCGCAGCUAUGACCAAAAGGACCUGUGAAAGAAACGGAGCUGAUGUCGACGCCGUUGUAAACGAUCUCGUAGGAUGCCUUGCAGACCGCCUUCGCAACCAAGUGGACCUGCUGAUUUUUAAUCCGCCGUACGUCGUAACGCCGUCCGAAGAGGUGCAAGGCGAUCAGCUGCUGACUCGAUCCUGGGCUGGUGGCAUAAAAGGUCGUGAGGUCAUGGACAGGCUGGCUCCCUAUGUUUCCCAAAUACUGAGCGAUCAUGGCUUGUAUUUCUUACUAGUCAUCAAGGAGAAUGACCCUGAUGAUGUCUGCAAGUUUAUGUCCACACAUGGCCUACAGGGAAGAUGUGUUAUUUCUAGGCGAUGCGGAGCAGAAUCUCUUAGUGUGCUGCGAUUUGAAAAGCACACAAAUAAAUCUUGACAGAC